CAGUUAGAAAUUUAACGUCGGUGCAUCAGUCCGCUCGUCGAUUUCUUUACCGGGAUCUUUUUGUGCUAUGACCUCUUCAGGAUGUCUAACAGCGGAGCUGUGGAGAUUUCCAAUAAACUGGAGAAGUCUUUGUCCAUAGACACUGAUGCCAUCCAUGAUGACCAAAUGGAAACCUACCACAGACUGGUUCAGGAUGGUAAAGACGCUGUGAGAGAAGGCGAUUUGCACAAAGCGCUUCAGUUCUUCAAGUCAGCUCACAACAUUCAGCAGAGUCAAAAACUUGAGAGCAGGAUAAAGAAAAUUGAAGACUUUAUUGCUCAGGAUGACUUGAAGGAUGAAGAUGAAGAGUAUGUCAAUGUGAAAAACUGUGGGCUUAUGCUUUUUAAGGACUUGCAUGACAAACUUUAUGACUACCAAAGACAUGGAGUGGCCUUCUUAUACAGUCUCUACAGAGAUGGUCGUAAGGGGGGGAUUCUGGCUGACGACAUGGGCCUCGGUAAAACCAUACAGGUCAUAUCUUUCCUCUCCGGUAUGUACGAUAAUGAACUGGUUAAGCACAUUCUGCUCAUCAUGCCAACUUCUCUCCUAACAAACUGGACCAAGGAAUUUGCCAAAUGGACUCCUGGCAUUAGAGUCAAAGGGUUUCAUGGUGCUAGCAAAGCAGAGAGGACCAGAAAUUUGGAGAAAGUUCAGAGGAGAGGUGGGGUUAUCAUCACCACCUACAAUAUGCUUCUAAACAACUGGCAACAGCUCUCGUCAUACCACAACAGAGAGUUUGUAUGGGAUUAUAUGGUCCUGGAUGAGGCACACAAGAUCAAAUCUUCAGCCACCAAAACGGCAAAGAGUGCCUAUGCCAUACCAUCAAAAAACAGAGUUCUUCUCACAGGAACUCCAGUGCAGAACAACCUGAGAGAAAUGUGGGCUCUCUUCGACUUCGCUUGUCAGGGCACUCUCCUCGGGACUGCUAAAACAUUCAAAGCAGAGUAUGAGAACCCCAUCACCCGUGCCAGGGAGAAGGACGCCACUCCAGGGGAAAAGGCUCUGGGCUCACGCAUGUCUGAAACCCUGAUGGCCAUAAUAAAACCAUACUUCCUCCGCAGGACAAAGACUGAAAUCCAGAAAGAGAAAACGAAUGGUGCACAUCCAACCAAGGAGGAAAAUUCUGACAACAAGGAGAACCAAGUCCCACACCAUCAGAAAGACUCUGGAGCAGUCACGCCAAAACUGACAAGAAAGAACGACCUGAUUGUCUGGACUUAUCUGAGCUCAGUUCAGGAGGAAAUAUACAGGCAGUUCAUUUCACUGGACCACAUCAAGGAGCUGCUCAUGACCAGCAGAUCCCCCUUAGCUGAGCUAAACAUACUGAAAAAGGUGUGCGACCAUCCCAGACUGCUCUCUGCUGGAGCCAUAGCUAAGUUGGGAUUGGAGGAAAGUGCAGCUAAACGGCAACAGAAUGAAGACAUGGAAACUGAUACUCACAGCAUCGCUAACGUUCCCGAUAACAUCUUAAUAUCUGAGUCUGGGAAACUUGUUUUCCUGUUUGCACUUCUUGAAAGGCUCAGACUAGAAGGCCACCGCACACUCGUCUUUGCUCAUUACAGGAAGAUGCUUGACAUCAUUGAACGCAUCCUGGGCAACAGGGGUUUCAAAGUGCUGAGGCUGGACGGCACAGUAACACAGAUUGCGGAGAGAGAGAGGCGCAUCUCUUUAUUCCAGAAUGAUAAGCGUUACUCCGUCUUCCUCCUGACCACCCAGGUUGGCGGAGUUGGCAUUACCCUGACGGCAGCAAACCGAGUAGUUAUCUACGAUCCCAGCUGGAGUCCCGCAACAGACGCUCAGGCUGUUGACAGGGCGUACCGCAUUGGCCAGACUGACAAUGUCAUCAUCUACAGACUGAUUACCUGUGGCACGGUAGAGGAGAAGAUCUACAGGCGGCAGGUUUUCAAAGACUCCCUUAUCAGACAGAAUACUGGGGACAAGAAGAACCCAUUUCGGUACUUCAGCAAGCAGGAGCUGAAAGAGCUGUUCACCCUGGAGGACAGCCGGUCCUCGUCCACACAGCUGCAGCUCCAGGCCCUACACUCCAGGCACCGACGGACAGACCGCCAGCUGGACGAGCACAUUGCCCACCUGCACGCUAUGGAGAUGUUUGGGAUCUCUGACCAUGACCUCAUGUUUUCACUUGACAUCAAUCACGAUGAGACUGUGGAAGACCAGGAGGAGCACCGUUACAUCGAAGGGCGGGUCCAGAAGGCUCAGGAGUUGAUGAAGGCAGAGUCAGAUCUGCAGAUGCAGCUGGCAGCGAGCAUGGCUUCCAGCACAGAACCAGCCUGGCUCAGACCACCAGGGGACAACAGCAACAGAGAGGGGUCUGAAGAGAAAAAGCCAAGAAACCCAAGACAAAGUCCUUCACAUCCACAACUUGACAGCAACUUCAGCACCUCAGCGGUUGCAGUGGAAAUGGGCCACUCGGAUUCUGGCAAGGAGGACGGCCAGCAGAAUCUGAGAAAUGAAGUCACUGAUCUAACUGAAGAUGAGAGCAUGACAGAGGAACAGCCUGUUGUAGAAGUAGGCCAAGACAAGCUUGAACACCAGGACCUGGAUUCUCCAAAACACCAAUCUGCCAAGCAGGAGAAGAGCUACUUGGAUACAGCAGAUAACUCUCCUCAGGAAGUGAUUGAGGAGUCCUUGAAGUUGGAGGCCACUGAUGCUGCAGCAGGUGAUAUGGCAGACCAAUCAAUGUACCAAUCAACAAUGUCUGAGGUUGCAGUUGCAUCAGCAGGUGAGGGCAGCCCGGCGAACAUUACAGCACCUGAUGAACAUGAACAACAGAUAAGUGGAAAUUCACACUCUAAAUGCUAUGACUCUAAGAUGGACUUGACUCAGUCUCGUAUCACCCCCCUGCAGAACAAAAGACUGUCUGUCUUGCGAGCAUCCAAUUCAAGCUUCAAAUCAGACACAUCAUCCAGAGUCAGCGCUGGGGUUGAAUCAUUUGAGGGCAACUUCAAUUUACAACUGGAGGACAGCGACAUAUUCCCAGACCACGAUAUUCAAGAUCAUCAGGAGACUGAAGCCGAGGAGAGGAAGCUGCUGUCACAGCUGCGGAUGGAGGGGAGUUUUGACAUAAAUAAAUCCCUUUCUGAGAGGCAGCAUGAAGAAGCACUCAGACAAAGUCUCACCAAUGGCCAGGCUUCUGAAAUUGCUGAGUCAAUGAAUGAUUCCAUUGUAGUUGUCAAGAAGAAGCGAGCUUCAGUGAUUUAUGACAGUGAAGAUGAUGAUGUUGGCGGCAAGCAGCAACUUGACACCUCUUCCCACAUGCUUGGGACCUCCACACCUAAAUCAGUGCCGUCAACCCCUCUCCGGUCAAGAAAGAGUAUUGGAGGAAACGUGUCUGUGGCCUCACGCCGAUCCCUCCUCCAGCUCAUCAUCAAAGACUUAGGGAACCACAAUGAGGACAUGGUUGAUGAGGAUGAAGGUGAUGAAGAUGGUGACAUUUCAGAGAUGCAUUCUGAUGAAGCUGAAAAGGUGGACAUCAGUAGCUCAACUCACAGUGAGCUUCAGUUGGAUGAGACCAACAAAGAAAUAUUAAACACAGAGAGCAUGGAUGAGGUAGAAGAAGAGGAGUGUGAGGAGGCAGAAGAAGAGGAGGGCGAGGAAGAGGUAGAAGAAGAGGGGGGUAAGGAGGAGAUAGAAGAGGUGGGCGAGGAGGAGGUCAAAGAAGAGAAAGGCAAGGACGAGGUCGAAGAAGAAGAGUGCGAGGAGGAGGUAGAAGAAGAGGAGGGUAAGGAGGUGAUAGAAGAGGGGGGCAAGGAGGAGGUCGAAGAAGAGGAGGGCAAGGAAGAGGUCGAAGAAGAGGAGGGUGAGGAGGAGGGCAAGGAGGCGGUAGAAGAAGAGGGUAAGGAGGAGAUAGAAGAGGGGGGCGAGGAGGAGGUCAAAGAAGGGAAGGGCAAGGAUGAGGUCGAAGAAGAGUACGAGGAGGAGGUAGAAGAAGAGGAGGGCAAGGAGGAGGUAGAAGAAGAGGAGGGUGAGGAGGAGGUAGAAGAAGACGAGGGUAAGGACGAGAUAGAAGAGGAGGGCAAGGAGGAGGUAGAAGAAAAGGAAGGUGAGGAGGAGGUAGAAGAAGAAGAGGAGUGCGAGGAGGAGGUAGAAGAAGAGGAGGGCGAGGAGGAACAGAAAGAGGAGGAAAUUACCUUUAAUUUCAGUAGCUCAGUUCGCAGUGAGCUUCAGUUGGAAGGCACGCAUGGAGAAACAUUAAAUACAGGGCGAGGAGGAGGUAGAAGAAAAGGAGGGCGAGUUGGGUGUAGAAGAAGAGGAGGGCGAGUAGGAGCUAGAAGUAGAGGAGGGCGAGUAGGAGUUAGAAUAAGAGGAGGGCGAGUAGGAGUUAGAAGAAGAGGAUGGCAAGGAGGAGGUAGAAGAGGAGGAACAGAAAGAGGAGAAGAUUACGUUUACUUUUGA